UUUCUCCCGGAAAAUAAAUAUCAAAUUGCAAAAUCUAAAAAUACUAAACUGACUUAUUAUCCAAGUCGGGUCAGACUCAGACCAUAAACCCUAAAAGCCCUAAGGAGAGAGGCAAGUGAGCUGCUUGCCGCUGCACCGAUCGUCUCCUCUCGACCCCAAAUCUCGCCUCGCAAUUCACCUCUCUCCCGUCUCCGCCGCUUUCAGUUGAGUACUUGCGCAGAUGGCUUCGAAGAACAACCCCAGGGUUCCAUCCGCCCAAGUGGGAUCUGCGCUGGUCAAGUUUGGAGUCGCCGCUGGAAUUGCCGUUUACGCCGCUGCGAACUCCCUCUACAAUGUUGAAGGUGGACACCGUGCCAUCGUCUUCAACCGGAUUACCGGCAUCAAGAAUAGGACUUUCCCAGAAGGAACCCACUUUAUCUUCCCGUGGUUUGAAGUCCCGAUUAUCUAUGACGUCAGGGCUCGCCCUCAUCUUGUGGAGAGUACAUCUGGAAGCCGUGAUCUUCAAAUGUUUUUGCAUUGGCCUAUUUCUGGUUUGUUUCCCAUGGUUGUUGAGCUGGAUCCUAAACUCAUCCUAGGAACUUCCGAUGCAUGUUUUCUGCACCACCAUAUGGCGUUGGUUCAUCCCAUGGCCUGAGAUCUGAAAUUACUUUGUGCUUACAGUGAUUAUAUCUGGUAUAUAGAUAUCAUUGUUGCUCAGGAGCAAACAUUGACUUCUGUCAAGAUUGGGCUUCGAGUCCUUACCCGUCCGGUCGCGGAAGAGUUGCCCACAAUCUUUAGGAGCCUUGGUACCAAUUAUAAUGAGAGAGUGCUGCCUAAUAUCAUUCAUGAGACUCUGAAAGCGGUGGUUGCGCGGUACAAUGCCAGCCAGCUCAUCACUCAGAGAGAGGCUGUUAGCAGGGAAAUAAGGAGCAUCAUGACAGAGCGGGCAAAGCAUUUCAACAUUGCACUGGACGAUGUGUCCAUAACUAGUCUGACUUUUGGGAAAGAGUUCACUGCUGCAAUUGAGGCGAAACAAGUGGCUGCUCAGGAGGCAGAGAGGGCUAAGUUCAUUGUGGAGAAGGCUGAACAGGACAAGAGGAGUGCCAUUAUCAGAGCAGAGGGUGAAGCCAAGAGUGCUCAGCUGAUCGGACAAGCAAUUGCAAACAACCCUGCUUUCAUCACCCUGAGGAAGAUUGAAGCUUCCAGAGAGAUUGCACAGACAAUGUCGCAUUCGUCGAACAAGAUCUUCCUUGCCUCGAACGAUUUGCUGCUGAACCUCCACGAGUUGGAGAUGAAGGCCACUGGGAAGAACUAGUUCAUUGGAUCUUCUCUCCUGGAUCCGAGGACGGGACGAGAUGGAUGGUUGUCUGCUACUUUUCGUUACGUCUUUGUUGCUUGGAAUCAAAAUUGAUGAAUCAAUCAUCUCUUUGUUGUUAGGUUUGGCAUUUUGGAACGAGUAAAAACUUACUGUGGUUUAGCAGUGAUCAGGGAUGUAGAUAAGACAGGCUAGUCUGUUGUGUUUUGAUUGAAAGAUCAAAACUACAAUGGAGAGGGGGAUUUCCUCGAGAAGCAAUGGACGGCAGUAUGGGAAUGAUCAAGAACUUUGAAAUGAUGCCAUGAACUAUACUUUUGGUGCAUGAUUUGUUUCGCUCUUUCAUAUCUCUUCUGUUUCGGAUUGCCUUGUAAGAUGUCGAUUCUCCUUUCUUUCUCUAUACAUCUAGAACAGGGCAGGUAAUCACCUUAUAUCUAUCCAUUACUACCUGGAAUCAUCACA